CACAGCAAAGGACUAUAUCAAGGUGACUAGAUGGACAAGUCCGAGUUCAAGUCCCCCCCUCGAAACAUCUCCCCGGGCUGUCUUAUACCUGACUAUUGACAUGCCCUCGAACGACGUCUUUGCAUCACUCGACGACGCGCUGCAGGCCAGCGCGAGUAAGCCAUCUAUGUACUUUGCUAGGCUUGCGACACCGGUCAUACCCUCACUCGCACUGCGGGAAGGCGAUAAAGCUCAGGCCUUGACUCUGCGGCUGCUCGAGAAACAUCGGAAAAUUAUGGAUCCACCUCAGCACGAUUCUCUACACCAUGGUUAUGAACUGCUUGUCAACUAUAGGAAGAAUAUAAAGGGCGGAUUUUUCCGGGCCAUGAAGCAUCGGGAAGAAAUCUACCAAUACAGAAAGGGCUCACUCAACUUAAACUACUCCACUGCGACUUCAUCUCUAGAGGCACGCAGUAAGGUACUGUGGAAGAAAGCUAAGUCGGCACCGUCGACCACCAGCUUAACAUCCACGAUAGACUCGACGGCACUCUCUGGCGUUGAUUCUGUCUUGAAUGAUGCCGAGUCGUUCUUGAGUGCAGUCGACUCUCUUCUAAAUGACGACGGAAACAACGAUCAAUCGACCAGUAUGUGUACUCCACGGCUUUCCGCUGCAGUGGCUUGAUAUCGCUUACUAUAGCUUGCCCGGAGAAUGACGGAGGCAGUGUCCAAUCGACGAGCUUCCCUUCACCCGAGAUCGAGUCUGCAGAAAUGG